UCUGCUGUUUACACUUCCCUCAAUACUUCCCCCCUGUGGUUAAAUAAGCCCUAAAACCAUAGAUUUAAGUCGCUCCCGCUCUCUCUCAUUCAUUCCUACACACAGGCUCACUCGCCAGCUCUCUCCUCUCUCUCUCUCUCUCUCUCUCUCUCUCUCUCAGAAUGACAAUUCUAGGUACAGCUCUUGGUCUGGUUUUCUAUUUACUUCAAGUCGUUUCUGGAGAAAGUGGCUAUGCAGAGAAUGGAGACUUCGAUGACGCAGAACUAGACGACUACUCAUUCUCGUGCUACAGUCAGCUGGAAGUGAACGGAUCCCAGCACUUGCUGACCUGUGCAUUUGAUGACCCGGACGUCAACAGCACCAAUCUGGAAUUUGAGAUAUGUGGGGCCCUUUUGGAUGUAAAUUGCCUGAGUUUUAAUAAACUACAAGAGAUGUAUUUCAUCAAGACAAAGAAAUUCUUACUGAUUGGAGACAGCGAAAUAUGUGUGAAGCUUGAAAGAAAGAGCAUGACUUGCAGGAAAAUGAACAUAGUCAAAAUAGUUAAACCUGAGGCUCCUUUUGACGUAAGAGUCAUCUAUCGCGAGGCAGCAAAUGACUUUGUGGUGACAUUUAAUACAUCGCACUUGCGAAAGAAGUAUGUGAAAGAAUUAAUGCAUGAGGUAGCCUACCGCCAGGAAAAAAACGAAAACAAUUGGAUGCACGUGAACUUAUCCAGUACAAAGCUGAUGCUCCUGCAGAGAAAUCUACAACCUGAUGCAAUGUAUGAGAUUAAAGUUCGGUCCAUCCCUGACACCAACUAUUUUGAAGGCUUCUGGAGUGAAUGGAGUCCAAGUUUCCACUUCAGAACUCCAGAGACCAGUAUCAGAGGGCAGAUGGAUCCCGUUGCACUAACUAUCAGCAUUCUGAGCUUCUUCUCUGUGGCUCUCGUGGUCAUUUUGGCCUGUGUGUUAUGGAAAAAAAGGAUUAAGCCUAUGGUGUGGCCCAGUCUCCCUGAUCAUAAGAAGACUCUGGAACAACUGUGCAAGAAACCAAAAAAGAAUUUGAAUGUGAGUUUCAAUCCUGAAAGUUUCCUGGACUGUCAGAUUCAUAAGGUAGAUGGCAUUCAAGCUAGAGAUGAAGCAGAAGGCUUUCUGCAAGACCCUCUUCCUUCACAACCAGAGGAGUCUGAGAAACGGAGGCUCAGAGAGGGUAUGCAGGGCCCAAACUGGCCCUCCGAGCAUCCAGUCUUCACCCCAAAAACUUUCAUAGGAGAAUCACCAUUCAGAUGCCUGGCUGGGAAUAUCAGUGUAUGCGAUGCCCCAGUGCUCCCCUCCUCCAGGUCCCCAGACUGCAGGGAAGGUGGCAAGAACGGGCCACUCGUGCACCAGGACUUGCUGCUUGGCCCUGGAACUACAAACAGCACCCUGCCCUCUCCAUUUCCUUUCCAGUCAGGAAUCCUGACACUGAACCCUGCUGCCCAGGGACAGCCCACCCUCACUUCCCUGGGAUCAAGUCAAGAGGAAGCAUAUGUUACCAUGUCCAGCUUCUACCAAAACCAGUGAAUUGCAAGAAACCCAAGACCAGAAUCAUUGUGAUGAACAAAGAUGACUGAAUCCUACUCUCUCUCACAGCACAAAGAAGACAAAACUAACGCAGCCCCUCUACAUGAUCUGCAGGACUCUGAAACAUCGCUUUGACCAUGCCUCCCCACUUCAGCGGCAUUCAGCAGGAGGCAGGAGCAUUUUGCAUCAGGCAACUCUGGUGAUUCAGUUAUUUUAGAAAGGAAAAAAGCAGAAAAGAGUAAAAGAAAGGGUGGGGGAAAGGAUGGAGGGACAGGGGAAGCAGAAAGGGAGCAAAGGAAGAAAGAAGGAAAGGAGAAUGAGAAUGAUAGAUACCAUUAUUAGCACUUACUAUAUACACAGUGCUGUGCUACGUGCCUGCACAUCUUGUCUCACUGCAUCUUCACAAUAAUCCUGGGAGGUGGGUGCAAUUAUUAUUGUUCUCUUUGCUAUAGAUGGUGAAACAGUGGCUUAAAUUAACUUAUCCGUGUCCCCCAACCAGCAAGGAAUAGAACCAAGAUUUGCUGCCCAGGAGUCUAAAUGCAGUCCCCUCCGAACCAGGCACCUUUCUCUUACUAGGGACUGUCCCACUCCUGAUAGCCAAACCUCACUAAUAACAAGGUGACCCUAUAGUUUAUUGUCCAAACUGGGUCACUUUUGAAAGCAAAAGGGAAAGUUACAAGUAGUCACUCCAGGACAAGUGUAAACCAGGAAUAUACCAGACAAAUGGGGACAUCUGGUCACCCAAACCAAAAAGGCUAUGAGGAAGACAGUGGGAAAGGAAUGGUCUCAUGAUGUGUGAAUCCAGCCAUACCUACAAAAAGUGGAGAAGGCAAGAAAGAGCCACAAAGCUCAUUUCAUUUCAUUUUUUUCUGAAAAAAUACUCAAAGGGUAAUCAACUAGAAGCCCAGAAUUUCUACUAAUAGUUGCCAAGAGCAAGAUCUUCUUGCUCCCCCCACCCAACCGCAUCCACUGAUGAUGGAAGAACACGUGCUUGACUCUGGACACUGGUGCAUUCGAGCAAUAAGCCAGGAAACAACCCUUCUAUGUGCGUAGAGACUACCCAACCCAAAUUCACCUGCUGUCCUGAUUUCUACUGCCGUGGAUAUUGCCACAAAUUUCACGGAGAAGGCAUUACAAGCAUACGCAGUGAGUGAACUGACUGUGGCCAUGUUCUUAAAGAUACGGAGGAAAGACAUAUUGUUAGCAUCUGACAAGUGUCUUCUUACAUUUCUUGGUCUAGAAUACGUUUCUAAAGUCUAUCUAUUCUAAAGCCAAAUUAAGGCAGCGGAGCAGUGUCAGCUGAGCCUACCCCCACAGCCCCCCAAGGCCCCUCUGCACACAGACCCCGGCAGAGCAGAGGCAGCAGGGGGAAGGAAAGAAACACAUCGGUCCAGGACUGAUGCUGUUGUUUGCGAGUUUGUCCUCACAGUUGUUGUCUACAUUUUACAUUUUUCUUUGUUCUGUUUUUAGUUUGUUUUGGGAGAGACUAAGUCUUUAAUUUUUAAAAUUCUUUCGUUUACUUUGUUUUGUGAUGUCUAUCAAGAGAGUUUUAACUCGUGGACUCAUGGGCCUUAUCUGUGGGCUCAGAGGACUAAUAAUUGUCAGACCAGCUUAUUCUUCAGUUGAGUGGUGUCCUUUCCAAGUCCUCUCCAAGUGUGAAUCAGUCGUGCUGACUGUCAGUGCAUAACCCCUUAGAUUUUCUCAGUGCUUUUGUGAUUUUUCAAAGCACUUCAGUGAGCAUUAUCCCUGUCAUUUCCUUGACAGGUAUUUAAGACAAAUAAGUUUGGGACCCUGCCCCCAUAAAGCGAAAAAUUUAAUGAAAGGCAGCUUUGUAAACAAAUGAUGAUAGUAACACAGAAUGCUAUCAUGGAGGCAUGUUAAGAGUGCCCUGUCGGAGGCAGUCAGGGAAAAUGCCACAAGAGUGGUGUACCUCUGCGUGGAGGAAAGGCAGAAUCUGCCUGGCAUGUAAGCAGCAGAAGGUAUUUUCCACCAGGUGGACAUGGGUUCUCUACCUUCGGUAGAAAUGCGAGCCACGUCUCAAGGAAGAGAUCAUCACAGAAAACCUCACGCCCAGCCGAGCUCUCUCGCACCUUAUCCAGAGGUCCUAUGAAAUACUUAUUGUAUUAUCUUUGCCUUAUGGGAAAAUUCGGACACAGAGAGGACAGGUAAGUUAUUCAAACUUACACAUUGAAGCUGUAAGUUUGUAUCCCUUGUAAACAUAGACAAUCUCUCAAAGAAAAGAGGAGCUAGGUCCAGAGGAAGAUCAAGGUCCCUCCGGCUCUAUACCCCUGUUUCAAUGUUGUUUGGCACAGUUUAUCAUUUGAAUUCAGUGUGUGAAUGUCUGUCUGUUACUGGAGGCAUGUAAAAUCCAUGUAUCAUACUCUUAUGUAAUCAUAACUGCUGCUAAUGCUUGAUUAUAUACUCAGGGACAAUGUCUAAUGUAACAUCGCAAAUUUGUUCUGACCAACCCCCUGUGGUUUUUAUUAAGAAAGAAAAACUCCUGGUCAGGGACAUUGUAUAAAUCAAAGAUGUAAACUGCUGAUUCUGUAUAACAUAAAAUGAAAAGAAAACAUAAAUAGGCAGAGAAUUUGGUCAAUUAAACAACCAUGUCUGAGUCUAGGGGACGCUGGCUUACUGGAUGGAUUGACCAGAUUUUGCCUCUCCCUUCAUUCUGAUUUCCAAGGGCGUUUGCUUCAGAGAAGCUAAGCAUGGGCUGUUUCAAAUGUGUAUUUUCUAGACUUGUGUUUUCAUAGCAUUUCUAGAGAGGCGACAAGACUCAGAACUGGCCAGGAAGAUGGUGAGCCUAUGUGAUCAGAUAGCCGGAGUGAUGUGUAUCAGAUGCCAUUUCUGACAGCUCAGUGGUUUUUCUCUGGGGUUAUUCUUAAAAAUAUCCAUCAUUCACUACACUGAAAGUCUCUGAUUUGACUAUAUACUUCCCACAUGCAUUACAAAUAUUUUGCAGAGCUGCUAAGUAUAAUUAUCCGAUGUGUGUGACAAUCAUAUAUUUAAUUAAACGCUAUAAAACUC